GUUCAAAAAGAACAAAUCGUUCAAGAACGACCCAUCACUAGUGGAGAGCAACCAUAUUAUGUCUAUGAGAGCAACAGCCUCGCCGUCGCGACAGUUUUUUGGCACACGUCAGCAUGACAUCAGAGCAAGGCGGACGUACCUCGGACACUUUUCUAACCGGCAUGCAUCUCGCGGAUGACACCUAUACAGAGAGCUACAUCAGCACUAUUGGAGUAGAUUUUAAAAUCAGAACUAUCGAAAUGGAGGGGAAGACUGUUAAACUGCAGAUUUGGGAUACAGCAGGGCAAGAGCGAUUUCGAACAAUAACAUCCAGCUAUUAUCGAGGGGCACAUGGGAUUAUAAUUGUCUAUGAUGUCACAGAGCAGGAGUCUUUCAACAAUGUGAAGCAAUGGUUAGAAGAAAUUGAUCGCUACGCCUGUGAAAAUGUCUCCAAGUUGUUAGUCGGUAAUAAGAGUGACCUUGCCUCAAAAAAGGUGGUAGACUUUACCACAGCAAAGGAAUUUGCUGAGUCACUCAAAAUCCCAUUCCUGGAGACAAGUGCAAAGAACGCAAACAACGUAGAGAAGGCCUUUUUAACAAUGGCCUCUGAAAUCCAGAAGAGGAUUGGGACGGACAGCGUUCAGAAUGAAGCUGUUAAAAUGGGAUCCAAAAUAAACAGUGCCCCCUUAUGGCCUGGUGGAGAGAAGUCAGUGGCUGAGGAGGUCAGCUCUUGUUGUUAGUGCUCAGUAUCUUUUAAAUUCAGGGUAAUAUAAAUUAAUAUUUUUGUUUUUCAUUUUAUGCUUUUUCCUUCUUUUUCAUUCUAAAUGUAAAAUAAGCCAUUGAUUUUAUGUUUCCAUGUUCUAAUGAGCUACUGAAGGUGGUACAUGCCUUUUCUGUAAAUCAUUUUCUGAUCAAGCAUGCAUUGUUCUAUUUUAAGUACUCUUUUCUCUUUUUGGUGAUGGACAAAACCUAUUAACAUACACAACCGUUUAAAAGUUAGGGGUUGUUCAAAAAUUGUUCAAGUUUUUGAAAGAAGUCUCUUAUUCUGCAUUUAUUUGAUGAAAAAUAUAGUAAAACAGUAAUGUUGUGAAAUAUUGUUGCAAUUUAAAAUAAUUCAUUUUCUAUUUUAAUAUAUUCUAAAAUGCAAUUUGUUUCUGUGAUGGGAAAACUUAAUUUUCAGCAGUCAUUACUCGAGUAUUCAUUUUCACAUGAUCCUUCAGAAAUCAUUCUAAUAUGCUGAUUUGCUGCUCAAGAACAAUUUAUGACUUUUUGACAGUUGAAAACAGUUGUGUUGCUUAAUAAUAUAAUGUGGAAUUUUCUGAUACUAUAUGCCCUAUUUUUAAAAGAAACAAUACUAUGAAAUAUAAGGGAAGAUCAGCUUAAAAUAUAUUUACUUUUCAAUUUCUCAAAAAAUAAAAAUAUAUAUACAUUAAAAAGUAAGCUUUUUCUGAGUAUCAAGCAAUCUC